AUGGCCUCUCCCUCUCCGUCGUUGGCGACUGGGGAGGAGAGAGAGCCACAUAUUUUCUCUUCAUUCGUUUCAAGCCUUCCACCCGAAGCCUCUCUUCCCCCGCCACCUCCACCUCCCACCGCCGUCGCCACCCCCGAGGAGGAGGCCAAGGCCAAAGAGCCAUCUGCCCCUGCUUCGGCCAAGCAAGAGUUGGAGGAGCCUCCAAAGGCAGUAGAAGCAAAGGAGGAGCUCUUGAAGCUAGCAGAACCGGAGGAACCCCUAAAGAUGACAGUGGUCGAGGAGAAGGCUUCUCCGCCGCCACCAAUGGAGGAGAAGGCCAUCGUGGUGGAUGAGGACAGGGCCAAGAUAGUGGAGGUGAUCAAGGAGACCAUGGUCCCCGUUGCUCCGUCGGCCAUAGAGGAGGUGACUCCGACAGCGUUGGCUGCAGAGCCAGAAAAGGAGGCCUCUGGUGAAGCGCCGACGGUCGUGGUGGCACCAGAGGAUGUGUUCGCCUCCAAAGGCAGUAGAAGUAAAGAAAGAGCCCCUAAAGCCAGUAGAAUCGGAGGAACCCCCAAAAAUGAUGGUGGUCAAGGAGAAGGCUUCUUCGUCGCCACCAACGAAGGAGAAGGCCGUCAUGGUGGAUGA